CACUCAUCCGCUCUCCUCCAAUAGAAAAGUUAAUCCGAACGGGACGCUCCGGUCGGUCGGGGCUGACGUGGGACGAUGCGGUUCGGGUCCAGGUGUGCCGCGCACACAGCGUCCUGAUUCUGCCUCAAAGUUCAUGUCCCAUCCAUCAGCUUCUCCAGAGUGCCCAGCAAUUCAUUUGCCUCCCUGACUCUGUUUUGGUCAUGACUUUCGCCGCUUUUAUACUUGUGGCCCUCUCGUCCUCAGUCUCCAUCACAGUGGCGGUCCUGUUUGGUGAGCCCAGAAUUUAUGGAGAGGAUGCUACUGGCUACGGCCCGAUCUUUGAAGAGGAGCCAGUGGAUGUGGUUUACACUGAGGACUCGCCUGACAAGAGGAUCUCCAUGAAUUGUAGAGCUCGGGCUAAUCCACCAGCUUCAUACAGGUGGCGGCGUGACAACUGGGAGAUCAAGCUGAUGGAGCAGCCAGAUGAGUACUACAGCCUGGUCGGGGGGAACCUUGUUAUCACAAACCCUAAACAGAAGAAACACGCCGGGACGUACACUUGUGUAGCGAGGAACAUAUACGGCACCGUCAUCAGCAAGGAGGCCAGGGUCAAGUUUGGAUUUGUGGAGGAGUUUCCUCAGGAGGAGAGAGACCCGGUUUAUGUCAAAGAAGGACAAGGUGCUGUUCUACUGUGUGUACCUCCCAAAGCCUGGCCAGAGGAGGUGACCUACCGCUGGAUCUACAACGAGUUCCCAGUCUUCCUGCACACAGAUCAUCGACGGUUUGUCUCCCAGAAAACAGGGAAUCUCUACAUUUCCAAGGUGGAAGCUCAGGAUGCAGGAAACUAUUCCUGCUUUGUUUCCAGCCCCAUCAUUGGAAAAAGCGUCUUCUCAAAGUUCAUCCCCCUCAUUCCUUUACCACCUGAUGAUGGUGAGGAACGUAAGUAUCCUGCAGACAUCAGGGUGAAGUUCCCGGAUACUACGGCCAUGUUGGCCUCUAAUAUUACAUUGGAGUGCUUUGCUCUGGGAAAUCCCAUCCCUCAUAUCGUAUGGAGGAAGGUGGACGCCACAGACCUGCCAGCAAACCAUGAGAUCAGUGAAUCAGGAGCUGUGCUCCACCUGUACAAUGUACAGUACGAAGACGUGGGAGGAUACGAGUGUGAAGCCAUCAACACAAAGGGAAAAGACUGGCACAAGGCCUGGCUCUACGUGGAGUCUGCCCCGGAGUGGGCAGAGACCAUCAAUAACACUCAGGUGGACAUCGGCUCGGAGCACACGAUGCGCUGCGUGGCAUCAGGGAAGCCUUUCCCGUUCAUCCGCUGGUUCAAAGACGGAUAUAUGUAUGGGAAAGGCGAGUUGAAGUUCUCCAGUCUGACCUUUGAAGAUUCGGGGAUGUACCAGUGCGUUGCCGAGAACUACUGGGGCAUCAAGUACGCCAAUGCUGAGCUGCGAGUGAUUACCUGUGCACCUACAUUUGAGUUUAACCCAGUGAAGAAGCAGCUUCUUGGUGCCAAAGACGGCCGUGUGGUAAUCGAAUGUAAACCCCGAGCAGCUCCUAGGCCUCGUUUCACCUGGACCAAGGAGAAAGAGCUUCUCUUCAACAGUACACGCAUUUCCAUCAUGUAUGAUGGGAGUCUCGAGAUUCUCAAUGCGACUAAAAAUGAUGAAGGCUUCUACACGUGCUUUGCUGAGAAUAACAAAGGAAAAGCCGAAAGUUCUGGAUAUCUCACCAUCACAGAGGCCACCUCGAUCACGGUGCCUCCUGAAGACACAGAGGCAAAAGUUGGGGAGGACGUGUUUCUGAGAUGCUCUGCUUCAUACGACCCCAUGCUGGAGGUCACUUUCAUCUGGGCUAUAGACUUCAGAGUCAUCAAUUUUAAUGCAGAAUGGCGGCACUAUGAACGUGUUAUGGGCGACAAUGGUAGAGGUGACCUGAAAAUCAUGAAUGUCCAGAUCUGGCAUGAGGGCCGCUAUAGCUGCAUGGCUCAGACCGUCGUGGACAACACUACAGCUUAUGCUGACCUCAAGGUCGUAGGUGUCCCCGGCCCUCCGGGUGUGAUCCGUAUAGAAGAGAUUCGGGAUAAGUCUGUGAAGCUGGUGUGGACUAAAGGAUCAGAACACAACAGCCCAAUUCUCUAUUACACCAUACAGACCAGACACUACUGGGCUCUUUAUGAAGAUGACUGGAGGAACGCUAGCACAUCUCCAACCUUUCUCGAUGGCAAUGCAGAGACAGCAGAAGUGACCGACCUGUACCCGUGGAUGGAGUAUCAGUUCAGAAUCAUCGCCACCAAUAUUUAUGGCUCUGGAGAAGCCAGCAUCCCGUCCCUGAAGAUCAAAACUUGGGAUGCCCCUCCAGUGAUAGCACCCACGGACGUGGCAGGUUACGGAGGCAGAAAUGGAGAGAUUGUCAUCACAUGGACACCCAUGCAACCGUGGGACUUCUACGGUAAGAAAUUUGGCUACAUCAUGGCAUUCAAGCCUCACAAUGCUUACGACUGGUGGUAUGAGCCCAUCUCAGAUCCUGAGACGAGGCGUUAUGUCCACAAAGACUCCUUCUUCAUUAUUACUGAGGAAGACUUCCAGGUCAGAGAGUUUCAGGUGAAGGUCAAAGCAUUUAACGUGAAAGGAGAUGGACCCUAUAGCCUCACCAAGGUCAUCUACUACCCACGAGAUGUCCCUAUCGAGCCACCGACAAACAUCUAUGCCAGGCCAGUGUCCUCCACUGAAGCUCUAGUGUGGUGGUUGCCAGUGGUAGACACUGGAACCGGACUGCAACAGUACAUUGAGGGAUACCAGGUGAAAUACUGGAGAAAGUACGAUGACGUGGAGCCAGGAGCCAAUCGUAUAUUUGUUCCAGCCACAGUCAAUCAGACCCGGUUGGAGAACAUGCUGCCAGACUCACACUACCUCAUCGAGGUCCGUGCCUAUAACGGAGCUGGUUUUGGGCCCCCUGGAGAACAUUGUGAGAUGUUCACCAAGAGACCACCACCACCUGAUCCUCCUAGGAUGUGGCGCUAUAUCUCCUGGACAGGAAAGUGGUUGUACGUGUGGUGGGACCAUAUCCAGUACGACUGGUUUGGCAAUAUUUCUUUCCCAUUGUACUAUAAGGUGAUGUUCAGAAAAACAGGCUACAUCUACGGGAAGGUUUACAUCACUGGUUGGCACUUCAUGGACUUCCCCAUGCCUCAAGUUGGAGAUUAUGAGCUGAUGGUUCGAGGCCGUUACGAAGGAGGUGAUGGACCAAUCAGGAAAAUUAGCAUUAAGGGUAAAGCAUCAAUGACGAUGCCGAGUCUAAACCUACUGUCUUUGAUGUUCCUGGCACUGUGCAUUGUGGGAUUGAAUAUUUAAGACUGACAGAAGCAGCAACUGUGGCAUUUAGUGAGGGACAACUGUCCACUAGAUGUGUUCUUCAUACUGAAAUGUCAUCUUCCAAAGCAGUUGUUUCAUUUUGUUAUUGAGCUUUUUGAAAUAGUGAAUAAUUUUCUGAAGCAAUUCAUGAUUUUAAUGUUUCAAGAUUUUGAAACAAUGAAUAACUGAAGUAACUUUAAUUUAGCCUAGUUUUUCAAGAAUUUGAAAUACUGAAUCAUUUUCUGAGGCAGUUAUUUCAAUAAGUAAAUCAAGAAUUUUGAAAACAAUGAAUCAUUUUUUAAAGCAGUUGUUUCAUUUAGUGGUUCAAGUACAAUGACCAAUUAUCUGAAGCAAUUGUUUCAUUUUGUUUCAAGCAUUUUAAAACACUGAAUCAAUUUCUGAAGCAAUUGUUUCACUUAGUGUUUAACUAUUUUGAGAUGAAUAAUUUUCUGAAGCAACUCUCAUGUAGUGGUUCAACCAUAUUAAAACAUUUUUUUGACGUGUUUUGUUCAAGCAUUUCAAAAUAGAAAAAAAUGUCUUUAGAAUUAGCUCGCUUUACUAUUGCAAUUAGAUGCAAUGAACAGGGUCUCAAUCAACUGUUUCACUUAGUUUUUUUAGCUUUUGAAAUUGACUGCCUUUCUGAAAUGACUCAGCACUUUAGUAGUGACUUCAGAGUUAUUCGGGCAUUAAAACAACAAUGUUCAGACAAAUUGGAUCAUUUACUGGUUUGAGUGAAUAGAUAUAUCUGAGGUAUUCAUUCGAGCAUUUUCUGAAUUAGCUCGCUUACUGUUUUGAAUCAUUAGAUGCAGUGAAUACCAUCACAAGCUUCUUCUUUUUUCAAGUUUCAAGCAUUUUGAAACUUAGUGGUUCAAGUAUAUCAAAACAAACCAUUUUCUGAACUAUUUCAUUUUGUGCUUUUAGCAUUUUGAAACUGAAUCAUUUUUUUGUGUUUCAUUCAAGCACUUUAACAAUGAUUUUCAGAUGAAUUGGUUUACUUACUUGUUCACAAUUUUUUUUUUUUCCAUUUACCAUUUUAAGCAAUAUGAAACAGUGACCGCCGUCUGAAACAAUUAGAGUAUGUCCUGUUUUGAGCAUUUCAAAACAGUGAGUAAAUAUCUGAAGAAUAGUGAUUAAUUUGGUUCAAAGCCUCCAAAAAAAAUGGUGUGGUGUGUUGUUGGAGUUCAAACCUAAUUUAUUUAUUUAUUAAUUAAUUUAUUUAACUCUUUAUUUAUUGAACUCUGUUUUUCAUAUGAGUACAUAUGAGUAAAUAUAUAUAUGUAUUAUUCAUGCUAAUCACCAUCCAUCUGUCAGACAGGCAAAGCAAAUAAAUGCACAUUUUAGAAGGUUUGUGAAUUAUGUGGAGGUGUUUCACUUUAUUCUUCACAUUUACAAGGUGCUGGGGCAGAUUAUUAAACCAGUUUGUAAAGUCCAUAUGUGUAUGACUAAUUUUCCAGAAUGUUUAUUUGAACUUGCGAUUUAGGAAUACUAAUGAAAGCCAGAUCACAUUGAUGAUGAUGGUCAAAUGUUUCGUUUAAACAUGACACCACUACUGGAUAGAAAUUGUGUCACCUGUGUGUGUAUAUGCUUAUUUAUGUCUUUUAUUGAGUCGGCAAAAUCAUUAAACAGAUUAGAACAUGUUGUCUCAUUG